AAAGCCACAAAGAAGACAGAAGCUCGCAUGGAGACUCGUUGACUCAAGUCUACACGGAUAAGCUUUGAGCUAAACGAGACCGGCUUUUUUUUUUUUUCCUCCUAAACGCUUUAAAUGUAUUACUAUUGAUAAAUAUGACGGAAAUGUUUUCCACCCUGUUCGGGCAAAAUGAAGCUCAGGGACCUACCGGGUCUUCGUCCUUAGGUUUUGGACCAGGGAAGCCGCCGCCACCUAUCCCGCAGAACCAAGUCUCCAUGCCGGGGCAGAUGCCACCACAGCUCGUGGAUGAAGGGCCUGCACUGCGAAAGUCUGGAGCCAUGAACGGACCUUUCUAUUUACUGCGAGAGCUUCCUGUUGGAAACGAAUUAACGGGGAACACCAACCUCAUCACACACUACAACCUGGAACAUGCCUACAACAAGUUCUGUGGGAAGAAGGUGAAGGAGAAGCUCAGCAACUUUCUGCCAGAGUUACCAGGUAUGAUUGACUGUCCGGGCACGCAGGACGGCAGCUCGUUACGUUCUCUCAUCGACAAGCCUCCAGUGUGUGGGAACUCCUUCAGCCCGCUGACCGGUGCUUCGCUCACCGGCUUCAGACUGCACACAGGACCGCUCCCAGAACAGUACAGACUGAUGCACAUACAGCCUCCAAAGAAGAAGAGCAAACACAAACACAAGCACCAUCGACCACAGGACCCACUACCACAAGAAACUCCCUCAGACUCCGAUCCCAAGAAAAAGAAGAAGAAGAGGGACGAUGACCCAGAUCGAAAGAAAAAGAAGAAAGACAAGAAAAAGAAGAAGAACCGCCACAGUCCAGACCACCCGGGUCUCACUGGAUCACAGCCCAGCAGCAACAGCCUCAGAUAGACGGAAGCCCACUGUGUCUGUCUGCCUGUUUUGAAUGUGUGAUUUUUGUAAGUGUGUGUUUUACAGGUUAUUGUAUUAUAAAAAAGUAUGCUUAAUGAGAUAAACUAAUGGCUGUGUAUUGUGGAGAUGCAGAGAUGGUGGGUAAAAAUGGAAAGAAAUGUUACAGAUAAGUGUAAAAUAACAAGCUGUGUGGAUGGGACUAAGCAGCCAUUGUGUAUUUCUUUAAUUUUGUUCUUUUGACCAUGAUGCCAAAAUCAAAUAAACUUUGAUUAUUAAAUUUU